UUGUAAUUAUGUAUUCUUUGUCUGAAAUAAUGACAGGUACUGAUCAUGAUUUCCCUCCAUCACAUCAAAAUAGAGUUUCAGGAGGGGACUAUGUUUCUGGGAAUGGAAGAUCUGCUGUAGGUUUGGGCCCAUACUUCAGGAUGCAAUCUGAAAUGGAGGCCCAAAUGCAUCAACUUGAACAAGAAGCUUACUGUGCUGUACUAAAUGCUUUUAAAGCUCAGUCUGAUGCCAUUACAUGGGGGAAGGAAGGUUUAAUAACAGAGCUUAGGAAAGAGCUACGGGUUUCAGAUGAUGAACACAGUGAACUUUUGAGCAAGGUGUUGGGUGAUGAUAUCAAGGACUGGAGACAAUCAGGUGGCAACCAAGUGGCCAGGCUAAAUGCAACUCAGCCUGUUCAUGAUCUUCUACCCUGUCCUGGUGUUUCAGCAUCCUGCAAGAAACGGAAGACUUCACAAUCGGUACCUUUAUUAAUUAUUGUUCAAUCAUUACCUUGCUUAUCCUCAGCAAAGUCCAUGCAUUAUCCUUCUGGAGUUCCUGCUGGAAAUAGGCAGUUCAGUAACCGUGGUUCCCUUUCAGCAAAUGAUGAACCUGCUGAUGCAGCUACCAUUCACCAACUGGUUGGAAGGAAAGUGUGGACAAGAUGGUCUGAAGAUAACAACUUCUGUGAGGCUGUCAUUAGUUUACAACCAUGCUGAUGUAUGUAAAAGGUUUAUAAAGCCAUUGACAAUUUUAUUCCUUGAUUUUGAGGAAGAUUUCUUCUAUAAUCUUUUCUUUCCCUUAAAGUUUUUAGGCAUGCUUAUUUGUACGGAUUUUUUAACCACGGUUGAAAAAAGGGAGAUCUUGAGGAAUCUCAUAUGAUCAACAUGAACUUGCACAUGAUCAUUGAUGAGUUCAAUAUAUAUAUAUAUAUAUAAUGUAGAAUUCUUGCCUUGAUAUUAUUGAUAUUAAAAUGAGUUUUAUGAA